AUGAAAUUUCAUUAUCUAUCAACACGUGUAUUUGUUUGUGUUAAUAUAUUUAUUGCAUCUCAUCAGGUUCUCAUGUUCUAUAGCUAUAGAUAUCAAUUAAACCUUCUUCGAGUCAAGUUGAAGUCUGAAGCGGAAGAUCUCGACCCUCAUCAAACUCCUUGUCUUUUGAAAAGUGUGAAAAUGUUGGAUACCAGUCAAGUGCUCGUUAUUCAAUUUAAUGUGUCUUCUCAGUACCAAGACGUCUUUGAAUCUGUACCACGAGAUAUUCCACCAAACAUUACUUACGACAAACCACUAAACCAACUAAUAUCAAGAUCAGUAGUAUUUAUUAUUAUUGGUACUUUAUUGUUGGGUACCACCGAGGCACAACAACAAGCACCCAUUAGAAUGGGUGUACUGUUGGAGGGAUCUUUGAGAGAUCUCGCUUCCAACUAUGUCAUCAACAAGGGUGCUGGAGAGACCGAAGCCUUUUUAAACACAUCUGGUAAUCUCGUCGUCGAAGACAUUAGCACCUACGACUUGGCCUACUCGACCAUCUCUGAUAUGGCUGAUCGUGGCUUCAACUAUUUCAUCACUGGCGCAGACAGCCAAUUCGACGCUGCCUAUGACGCUGCCGGAGACCACCCAGAGUGCUUCUUCCUCGUCGCUGUCAACGACCACACCAAUCAAGAGAGACUCCCAAGCCUCAGAAAGAACAUGGCCUCCUUCCGUCGUGACCUCGUCGCUCCAUUCUACUUGCUCGGUUACAUUGCAGGCAAGGUUUCUACUAGUGUCGGUUUUGUCGUCCCCGGUCCACCAGUCGAGAACUACUACUCUGUCAAUGCCUUUUUCAACGGUGCUAGAGCUUCCAACGCUAUCUUUAACUUGUCGGUCGUCUCUACCAGCUCUUACAAUGACCAUGACACUGCUCUCGGUGCCAUCAACAUCCUCGAACAGGAUCAAGCCAUUACAGCCGUCACUCAAUCCCAAGAUGAUAUGCUUGUCUCUGAACACUACCUUGCCAGAGGUCUCAAUGCCUUUGGAUCCAACGGAUUUGCCCAAGACAUUAGAUACGGAUCACGUAUCUUCCAAAGUAUCGUCUAUGACUAUAGCACCAUCUUUUCUCACUUUGCUCAAUUGAUCAAGGAUGGAAAUUGGCAAUCAACUCACUACUAUGCUACUUUUGCCAAUGGUUUCUAUCAAUUAUCUGAUUAUUCAUAUCUUGUUCCAGCUGAAGCACAAGCAGACAUUGCUCUUGUUUUUAACAAACUUGUUAAUAAUGAAACCGAUACCUAUUGUUGUUCAGCAAACAACCUUGAGUUCUUUGACGCUCAAUGUGUAAGUUACCAUGACAUGUUGGACAUGGAGGAGAUGUACUCGAGUGUCACCAACUAUGGAUACUAUGCCGUGCCAACGACCGAGGUCUAUGAUACUGCUGGUGUCAACAACACAUUCCUUGCUGUCAGUUCCAUCCAAAUCUUGUGUGGUCUUAUUGCCAUUGUUGCCUGUAUCAUCUUUAGAAACAAGUUGCCAAUUGCCUACUCAAACAUUCUCUUUUGUUUUGGUUUGGCUUUGGGUGCCAUCUUGGUGGCCGUUGCCAUCUUGCUCUGGAAUCUCCACGAAAAGAACAGGGGUAUUUGUGUGUCACGUAUUUGGAUGGCUUCACUCGGCUACACCUUUAUCAUUGGUCUCAUGAUUGUUAAAAACACUCGUAUCUACUACAAGUUUGAAGAGUUGUUGCGUAAAAAGUCCGACAAGAUCUCACCUAUCACUCCAGACCGUGUCUACAGCUGGUUGUCAGUGUUGCUCAUCAUCGAUGUUAUCUUGCUCGCCAUCUACACUGGUACUGGUGACCCCAACAAGAUCGACAGUCUUGGCUUGGACGGUAUCGGCAAGUACGAGUACACCCAAAACUGUGUCAACAACCUCAACGGUGACAUCACGCUCUACAUCAUCCUCGUCUACCACGGACUCCAACUUCUCUACGGCUGCUACAUCUCUUGGAGAACCAGACGUGUUGAUCUCGAAGAGUUUGAAGAGACACACGAGUUCUCAACCGUCACCUACCUCAUCAGUUUCACCACCUUUAUCGUUGUCCCCCUCAUGGCCGGUAUCACCUCACAAAGAUCACGUGACGCCAUUAUCUCGUCGGUUGCCAUCUUUACCUCGUUCUCUUCGCUCCUCAUUCUCCUCGGCUCCAAGUUUUGGAAGAUCUACAACCCCAUCCAAGACGACGGUCUUCCCAAGAUCGCCCUUGACAAGCUUCCAGCCAAGCCAAAGGGACACGGUAUCUCUGGUGUCAAAAACACCAACACCAAUGCCGUUUCCGAGUACAGUCGUAACCAAUUCCUUACUGCUGUUGCCAAUCCAACUGGUAGUUCUGCAAUGUUUGAUGAUUAA